UCUGCAUGCAAAGGAAAGGAGAGAGGAAGGGAGAGGCAGACAGACAGACAGAGGCAGGGAGGGAGAUUGCUAGAUACACUACACUACACUACCACACAAUACAAUACAUGAGCAUUAUAUAAUGUGCCAGACUGCGCCUGAGUGAGCUCUUGGAAAUGAUUUUCUUCCUCCCUCCUCCUCCUCCCUCCCCUUCUGAGGUUGUUGCCUUGUGUCUUUCAGUUUGUGCAAUCCCCUCUCGCUCUCUCUCUCUCUCUCUCUCUCUCCCCCUUCCUUCCUUCCUUAUUAGUUCACUCAGGCAUCUAUCGUGAUUAUCCUGAUUCCUGGUAGUGGUAUCUGAUGCCGCAAGUCCCUUUGAAAUUGACAGAGAGCGAACAGAAGAAAGAAUAAAAAGCCGAGUGUCGAGCAGUUGGCGCUAAGUGUUGUAGACCUGCAGCAGAGAGCAGAGUUCGGUUGCAGACGAAGGUUUCGGUGGAGUUGCUUGCUCUUCACUGUGAGUCCAGGUGUGGAUUGUACCACUUUUUCAUCAGAGCAGACUCGAGCGAGAGGGAACUUGCGGCGGCAAACAUGGGUCACGUUGAUUUCAAAGUAAUUCUUGGAGUCUUGGGGAACAUCACUGCGAUCUGUCUAUUUACGUCGCCAAUCCCCACUUUCAUCAAAAUUGUCAAGAAGAAAACUGUGGCAGAUUACUCUGGCUUUCCGUAUGUGUGUACAUUGCUCAAUUGCCUACUGUGGGUUGUAUAUGGCCUUCCGGUGGUGGAGUUUCAAGUGCUAGUUGUGACCAUCAAUGCAGCUGGCUGUUUCAUUGAGUUUUUAUUCCUCACAUUAUAUUUGCUGAAUGCAGAAAAGAAAAUAAGGAUGAAGGUCAUGAAGCUCUUAAUGUUAGUUCUGGUUUCUUUUAUUGCGGUGACGGUUCUUGUAUUGGAAUUGAUAGAGGACAAGAAGAAACGCAAGACUGUCAUUGGGACUCUUUGUGCUGUUUUUGCGGUAGGGAUGUAUGCGUCUCCUCUCUCUAUCAUGAGAAUGGUAAUUCAAACCCGAAGUGUAAAGUACAUGCCAUUUUUGCUUUCAUUGUUCAAUUUUAUCAAUGGACUUGUGUGGUUUGGAUACGCAUUUAUUGGUGGAGUGGACAUCUACAUUGCUAUUCCCAAUGGAUUGGGUGCUGCAUCCGGUAUUGCCCAAUUAGCCUUAUAUGCUUUUUAUAGAAAUGCAACACCAAGAGAUGGAGAUGAGAAAGGCAAUCCUACUAAGGCUACAAACAACAAUUUUGCUUCAAUAGAGUUGGAAAAGAAUGGUGCACAAAAACAAUCUAGUCAUGUUUCUAAAAGCCAAACAAAUGAAAUAGUUUAAUAUGAUCUUUAGACUAAAUCAAGUACGAUCUACCUGAAUUGGCUUUAACUUUGUAUAAAUUUUAUGUUUUCAAUAAAAUUGUUGCAAAACAAAAAUUAAAAUUAAAAUUA